GUGGUUUUUACGCUGAAAAUCUUGCGAAAUUUCUGAAAUGGACGAUAUUAAUAAGUUCAAACAGUGGGCAUCCAAGAUGGGUUGCCCACCGGGAAGCGUUCCUCCUGAUGAUACGCUGAAAAGAGCAUUUCGUGGGGAUCAGAGCACGCUGCUGAAACACAUUAUGCAGAAGGUGCGCCCUCGACAGGAGAUCUCGCUGAUGCGCAAGAAUGUGCUUGUUAAAAAGCUGCAGGAGCACAAACACACGGAUAAGAUCGUUUUGAACUCUAUGCUACACCGACUCCCCGCGGAACUGCAGCGCUUCGAGAAGAUAAAGAAACUUAAGGCAAAGAUCGAGGAAACCCGAGCGCGUCUCAACACAUCAAAAGCCUGCGUCGAAUCGAUCGGGUUACAGAUCAAGGAGAAAAAUGCAACCAAGCUUCAGAUGACUCGACGUUUGGAGGAACUACAUUCCAAGGCAGCGCUUUACACGACCCACGAAUUGUCGCUCAAGGGUAGCAUUGAGAAGGAGGAGCAGCUUGCGGAGCGGCUCGAUCGUAUCAUGCCGGCUAGGGGAUUCGAGCCCACAUCAUCCUCAGGGACACCCGAGCAAGCCGUCGACCACUGCAUCGAACUGUUGGGACAAUUUUAUGAGCACUUGAAGAGUACAACUAAAAAAGAGGAAAAUUGGCUGCUUCAGGAGCAGCUGUGGGCCAGUAUGCGCGAGAGGCUUCGCGGCAUUCCUAAUCAUCUUUUAUGGGGUGUACUGCUAAAGCUAAAGGAGGACCAUUUGCGACAGAUUUCUGAGGUAGAUAAUAAGCAGGCAGAGCUCGAACGGAACCGUGACACGAUCUCCGAUCGUGACCUGCUGCAGGUUAGCAAGUCCAAGCUUUACGCGACCCACAUCGGUAUCUUUCUGGAUGUGGCCACCCAGCGCCAGCUGGUGAGCGCUACAAAGGAGGAUUACCUUGCCAAGUACACCUCCUGCACCGGGGAGCUGGAGGCAAAGAUGGCUCUUCUCAACGAGAUCGACGACGAGGCAGAAGAAACGCUCGAGGAGUACCUGAUGCAGUGGAACUCGCGGGUUUACAAUCAAGGUCAGAUCACCUUCCUAGAAGGGGAGAUUGAGCGCAAGAAGCAAGAGAUAGCCGUAUACGAUCAGAAGAUCCAGAAUCACGACCAACUGUUAUCGCAGUUGCGCGGCAUUUACGCGCGGAUCGACGACAUCUCGAAACACAUGGAAGAAGAACUGGGUCUUGUGCGGCAAAUUAAGCAGAAGGUAGCCUACUCAAAGUACGUUAGCCAGCGCACCGUGCAUGGUUUGCGCCAGAAGGGAUGCAACAAUCAGACGCUUAACGUUAGCGAUCAGUCAAUGAGUCGGAUGGACAGCACCAUCAUUGGGACACCGGCCGGAUCGACCUACACAGUGGCCGUUCUGCCAGCGUUCGUGCGCGAACUGGAACUGUUCCGCACUCUUCCAUACGGACUCUACGGGGGCCAGUCGAAACUGGUGCGUUAUUGCUUGGAACCGAACCCGGCCGUGUUCUGCGAACGCUCGAAUACCGACCUGGCAUUGCUGCCGAGCAGUGGCACGAGCGCCGACAUGUCGUUGAAACAGUUUGGCGCACUGCUAGGGCUGGAACAUCACGUCCACGAGGCCACUGUCGAAUCGCACGUAGUCAGUGAGCUCACCAUCGAUCAGGCGGAGUUGCAGCAGCGCUGGCAGGGCAAUCAUGGCCGGAUCUGUGAGAUGCUGGAUGAAAUCGAGCUCAUCAGCAACAAUAUCCGGCAGGUGUUGGACAAGGCCCGUCGUUACCACAACUUUAGUAUUGCCAACAGUUUGCGCCAUUUCGUUCCGCCGACGCGAUUAUUCAAUGGUCGCAACUACCGGGAGUACGAGAGCGAGUAUAUGAUGUAUUACCGCAUGAUCAAUGGUUUCGGCGGGCAUUAA